AUGCCUUCGAAGAAUAAGGCCAUGGGCAGGGUGCAGACUAAGUCCAAGGCCAAGGCCCCUGUAGUGGAGUCGCCCUCUGUGUCAGAAUCUGAGGUCGACGAAAUCAAGAGCAACAGCAGCGCUAAUGGGUCUGAAAGUGAGAGCGAGAGUGAGAGUGAGGGCGAGGCUGACCGCAGGAGUGGAAGCAAUUCGGAAGCAGACUCGGAUUCAGACUCUCUGGACAGCGAUGCACCUCGCAAAAGGCGCAAACACUCUCCGAAACGCGAGGGAAACGAGGAUGGAGACGAAGACGAAGACGACCUGCCGCGAGCACCAGCCUCAUUCAGUGCACCGUCGUCGCGUAUUAAACGGACGGCUGCUGUUGAGCCUGUCUCUAAGCCCAGCGUUGUGCAGAACACACCGAAAGAGGUCAUUGUUGGAUCUGGAACUACGGCGCCAAUAGAUCCUUACACGACCUUUGACUCUUUGAACGUCCGUCCUUGGUUGGUGCAGUCUUUGGCCAACAUGGCCAUCAAGAGACCUACCGGUAUUCAGAAGGGUUGUAUUCCCGAGAUAUUGAAGGGCAAGGACUGUAUUGGUGGCAGCAGGACUGGUUCGGGAAAGACGGUCGCUUUUGCAGUUCCCAUCCUCCAAAAAUGGGCUGAGGACCCAUCCGCCAUCUACGCCCUUGUACUGACACCUACGCGCGAGCUGGCGCUGCAGCUGUUCGAACAGUUCAAGGCCAUAUCUUCUCCUCAGACUUUAAAGGCCCUGCUGAUCACAGGCGGUGCCGACAUGCGGGCGCAAGCAAUCGCAUUGGCGGAGCGUCCUCACGUCGUGAUCGCCACUCCCGGCCGCCUGGCUGACCACAUCCGCACCUCGGGCGAGGACACGAUCUGCGGCCUCCGACGCGUCAAGUUUCUUGUCCUCGACGAAGCAGACCGCCUGCUUGCGGCUGAUGGGCCCGGGAGCAUGCUGCCGGAUGUCGAGGAGUGCCUGGACGUGCUACCGCCAUCGUCUCAGCGCCAGACGCUACUAUUCACAGCGACCGUCACCCCGGAGGUUCGUGCGCUCAAGGAGAUGCCGGUGAAACCUGGCAAGCAGCCAGUCUUCGUGUGCGAGGUCGACACGGAGACGCUGGCGAUCCCGCCCUCGCUCAACCAGAUGCACCUCCAGGUGCCGGUCACGCACCGCGAGCACUACCUGCACGAGUUCCUCCAGACCGACGGCAACAAGGACAAGCCCACCAUCAUCUUCUGCAACAGGACCGACACGGCCAGGUACCUGCACCACCUGCUCCACCUGCUCGAGCAUCCGGUCACCUCGCUGCACUCCAAGCUGCCGCAGCGGCAGCGCGUCGACAACCUCAGCCGCUUCCGCGCGGGCGUGUCGCGCAUCCUCGUGGCGACCGACGUCGCGGCCCGUGGUCUCGACAUCCCCGAGGUGGCCAUGGUGAUCAACUACGACAUCCCGCGGGACCCGGACGUGUACAUCCACCGGGUGGGACGUACGGCCCGUGCGGGGCGCAAGGGCGACGCGGUCACAUUCGUGGGGCAGAGGGAUGUCGACCUUGUCCUGGCCGUGGAGGAACGGGUGGGACGGCAGAUGGUCAAGUGGGAGGAGGAGGGAGUCAACUUGGAGACCAGGGUUAUCAGGGACUCGCUCAACGCCGUGAGCGAGAAGAAACGGGAGGCCCUAUUGGACAUCGAGGAGGACAGGGAGGUUGGCAGCAAGAGGAAGAGGGGCAAGGUAAAGCUCAGGGCAAAGGCGUGA